UAUGAUCAUAUGUUAAAUAAAAUUGUUUUUUUAUAAUCAUUAUUAAUGUAUAGAUUAUUAUGAUAUUAUUAUACGAUAAUGGGAUCAAUUGGUAAUAUUUAUUGAAAUAUAAUGUCAACCACAAUAAGUGACACCAACAACAUGGCCACCACUACCGAUACGACCACCGAUACUACAGCAGCACAAGUAGUGGUCACCAACUCGUCAUUGGAAACACUGAUUGAACAGUACUUCUUACUGAUGUCGGCCUUUCAAUGGGACAAAGCAAAAGAGUUGGUCGACAAACACAGGGAUCAACUGAGACAACAAUAUAGACAACAACCACAGCAACAGUACUCACUGUUGGCCGCACUGUCGCAGUUGGCUUUGGCCGACAGGAACUAUACUCACCUCCAGUUUCUCACUCAGAAAGGAUUAUUCAGGAAAGACAUAGUCAAAGGACUCUAUGAACUAUUGAAAUGUGAAUUUGAAAGACUUGAACAAAGAGUUUACGCCAUCCAGAGUUUGGCUACCAAUGAGGACAACAAUUCAGUUUCAUUAAUGGGUUCUUCUUAUUCAAGCAAUUCGUCUACUAUUUUAUCGAUAGCUUCUUCAUUAUCAUCUGUACUGAUGACGACAUCGAGUUCACCAUCAAUUGAAACAACAACUAAUAAGUCGUCCAGUGAUGUAUUGGACCGAUUGAUUGCUCAUAUAUGCGGUCAACUAAACGAUUACGUGAGGGCACGACUACUGAUGAUUGAUAUUUACGAGAAGAUAGUAGUAAUAUCUGGAAACAAGUUUUGCUUAUUUCACGAAUGCAUCAACAGUUUGAAUGAUAUCAUCAAAUUAAAUGCUAAUUGUUUUCAUCACCCGAUACUAAUGCCAAUCAAAAUAAGUUUUAACACUGAAUGUCAUAUUGUCUUAUCGCUGCUUAUGGCCAACCAAUCGAUACAGGAUUUGAUUUUUAUCGAUAGUUUAUUUUAUUUGCAACAAUCGCAGACAAAACUGCAGACUUGGUCUCAGCAAACAUUUAAUAAGGAGUUGCCGUCUCAGAGACGCAACUCUACAUUCAAAGGUUGGCCGCCAUCUCCACCACCUCUUUAUCAAUGGAUGUCUCGACUCAAAUCUAGUCUUAUAUCGAAAUAUAGUUUAUAUUUUUUUAAUACAUUGAGUACUCAAAUGUCAGAUAAUUGUCCAAAUGAUUUGAAAACUGUUUGUUCCAAACAAAUGGUUGAUUAUAUUAACAAAUUAAUUGCAUUUCACGGCAAAACUGAUGCCCAUAUGAUUUGUCUCGUGUAUGAUAUUACUGGUGAUAAUUGUUAUACCGGUUUUGGUUACCAUUCCAUAUACAAGGCUUUUAAAACACCGAAAGGUAUCGACUCUUUUCCCGUAAUGUUUAGCUAUCCGUCAGACAUUCCUAAGACAUUGUUUCCGUCGAUUAUUAUGAUUAUCAACAAUAAGAUUAAGGAACUGAAUGCCACUGAUUCUGUGGUAUCUCUAUAUGAUUCACAUCUUAAUUACACAUAUUUUCUUAUACGACCCGAUCCUAGGGUUACAAUUAUAACCAUAUUUUCAAUGAGAAAAUCAGAAAAAGAUAAUUAUAUAAUCAGUUUUCUUCUUGAUUUGUGUCUUCAAUUAAAGGGUUAUAAAGCCUUUGCUAGUCUUAAACCAGGAGUUAAAUAA